UAUGCCCAGAAGGACAUGCUGCGUGGGCGGUAAGUCUUUGCAAUUAGCUUGACAGUAAACCUCAGCGUUGCCACUCUGUGCGAUUCCUGGAGUUUUACGACCGCUCUCAUAACAGCGAGAAUGGAGCUCAGCGUUGGCGCUUACUGCAAUUCCCGGGUUUUUUAUUGUACGAGUGGUCUUACGAGCGCUUGUAAUGAGAAAAGCUUCACACUUCGGAACGCGUCUGCAAUGGGCCCAAGUUUAAACUCGGAUUCUACCGUCUUGAGCAUCAGAUCUGAGUUCAGAGAAGGACGAUUUCUAAGGCAGUCGAAGAGCGACCCGUACAGAACUGACAUCCGCAGCAGUUCUGAGAUAGGCCCAAGUUUAAACUCGGAUUUUACCGUCUUCAGCAUCAGAUCUGAUUUCAGAGAAGGACGAUUUCUAAGGCAGUCGGAGAGCGACCUGUACGCAAAUGACAUCCGCAGAAGUUCUGAGAACGAUUUCAGAGUCCCAGAUUUCCAGCACCCUUACCCAAAGGCCCGACUCAACCCCUUGGCUGCGCAGUGCCAUGACAUUUCCAAUGACUGGAUCGUUUCUUUGGGCAUAGAUAAGGAGCUGGGUCCAAGUAUGUGGCAAUCGUGUAUGGCGGCCAAAUUCUCUAAGCUUAUUGGCUAUAUCUACGACGAUAUAGAGCACAAAGAUUUCCUUUGGCUGUGCAAAAUCCUUACAUUAUUCUUUGCUUUCGAUAGCAAGAUGGAUGACGGUGAAUUGGCAGACCGGAUAGAUUUUUCGUGUGAUGUAAUUUUAGAUAUGAAUUUGAUUAUCUUGUGGAAUGACCCUGACAACGAGCGAUUACUGGAAGGCUUGAAAUCCAUUCUGGAUACGUUGAUGGAAACUGAGGCCUCCAGAAAACGCGCGCAGCUCCACACAAUUCAUGCAGAUCUGGUGCAUGCCAGGAACAAAUCGAAAACACUUCUCGAUGUCAAUUUCGGAGCGUUCAUGUCGGGAUUUCGAGAGCUGUGGCUGGAUUAUAUCGAAGAUCUGCCUGUUGAGUGUAUAUCUAGACAAGCUGAGAUAUUUCAACAGUACACUGGGGGCUUUUUCUCGGAACAAAUAGCUCGAAUGAAAGGAACGAAUAUCAGUUUGUCUGAUUGCAUCAGAGUUCGACGACUAACCGGAGGUGUGAUGCCGUUUCUUGUUUUCUCAGAUCGGAUGAUUGAGCAUAAAAGAAGGAAAUCUCCGAUUUCUCAUCUUCCCGACAGCUUGUUCUACGGAGAAGAUAUGCAGAAUAUGCUGGCCGCUUGUACUGACAUCAUAGGUUGGCAUAAUGACAUUUUCGGUUUCCAGAAGGAACUAUUGAACAAUGACCAUAAGAACACUUUGGUAUAUAUCGUAUUUCAUGAAUACAACUGCCAAUCUUACACACAAGCAGGAGAGCUUGUACUCGAACUACUGCAAGACAGAAUCGUUGAAAUGGAACUUGCGUAUGAACGGCUGAGAUCUGCGGCCACUCCUGAGUUUCAUCCCGCAAUUGACCUGUUCAUAAAAACUUGUCGAGAUUGGAUUCCUGGAACGCACGAGUAUCACAUUACUUCCUCGCGAUACGUUGUGUCUAAUUCCUCUUUUUCAGACACAGGAAAAUCUAAAAAGCUAGAACACAUCAUCAAGCGUCAAUAAAUAUACGUAGAGGCUCGGGUGACAGUGGAGACGUAUGCUUUGUCUACACUCUGUCUGUACUUGUGAAGCAACGCUGAAGAAAGACUAUAGUUGAAGUUGCUGGAGCCGUGGAUGAGAUAUUUGUCUUAUGGCCAGUUUAGAGUUUAGAUGAGUUAAACCCUUAAACUUCCAGAUGAGUGCAUGGACAGAACCUUGUGUCGCCUUCAACACUACAGGAAUCCAUGGGAAUGAAAAUCAUAUCCUAGUCCUUCCAUUAUGCCCCGUAUGAAUAAAGACUCUUUAACAAUACA